AGAAACUCACGUUGUCCUGCUGUCAUAUACUUUUCCAUGGAGAAAUCAGAUUCUAGAGUUGUAGCUAUUGAGAUUACCGAUGACAUCGUGAAGAAGAAAGAGUCGCCUUGUUCUCAGUUUCAUCAUUACUUUCUUAAACAACUUGGCCAAUUGGCCGGAGAUGAUCCGAGAAAGUUGCUCCACUGUGUGAAGGUUGGCUGUGCUCUGCUUCUGGUUUCCCUUCUGUAUCUUAUUGAACCCCUCUAUGAGCAAGUGGGUGACAAUGCAAUGUGGGCUAUCAUGACUGUAGUUGUCAUGUUCGAGUAUACUGCAGGUGCAACACUGAGCAAAGGACUAAAUCGGGCAAGUGGUACAAUUUUGGGAGGCGUGCUUGGCCUUCUGGUUGGCAUUCUAGCACAGAAAUUUGAUAGAAAAGCCAGCGCUGCUUGCAUCAGCGUGUUUGUUUUUGUAAUUGGGGCAACUGCUACACGUUUCCGAUUCGUUCCAACUAUUAAAAGAAAGUAUGAUUACGGAAUUGUCGUAUUCUUGCUCACCUACAAUCUAGUUGCUGUCUCUGGUCAUCGUGAAGAACAGAUUGUGCGUCUAGCAAGCGAUCGUCUUGCUAUGAUUGCAUUUGGAUUCACCGUAACUAUCAUGAUCAGCUUGAUCAUAUUUCCAGUGUCAGCUGGUGAUGAGCUUCAUAAGUCAUUGGUGUCUAAGUUCAAAAAUAUAAAAGGCUCACUAGAAGAGUGCAUUGACGAGAUCUUCAAAGAUUUUGAUGGAAAAGAGAAACCUCUGACAAGGUCUACAUCAAAGAGCUACAUUUCUGUUAUGCAUUCCAAAUCUGCAGAUGAGUUGAUGGCUAACUUUGCAAAAUGGGAACCAUGGCAUGGUCGGAUUGGGAAAUCAUAUCCGUGGAAUAAGUAUAUGCAAAUAGGUGAUAUUCUUCGGCAGCUGGCAGCAUCCAUCCACACCUUAUAUUCAUGCUUAGAGUCUCAAAGACAGCCUAGCGAUAUUAUGAAGAUCACGUUCAAGUAUUCUUGCAAGGAAUUGGCUUCAGAAAUAAGUGGCACAUUAGGGGAACUGGCAGAAAGUAUUGAGAAAACGAAGAAAUGUCGUUCACAUGAAUUGAUCAAUGGACAGCUAAGCGCAGCUGCAAUGGCUAUAAAUGCAGGUAUAGCGGAGUACAAGUGGACAAUGCUGAAAAAUGAAGGGGACAACAGAAGUAUAUUAGAAAAUGAUAUGCUUCCAAUUUCAUGCCUUGCGUUCGUGCUGUUGGAGAUUGGGGAAAAAGUACAAGAAUUGGCUAAGAAAGUGGAGGAGCUAGGAGAUCUAGCAAGCUUUUACGGUUCGUGAACACAUGCGAGAUAGGACCAGUUCUCUGGUCUCACAUUAAACUUGAUUAGCUUCCAAGUGCCAUCAAGUUUGAAGUCUAAGCUACUGUCAAAAUGAAGGAUCAGCCUUUCUGUGAUCCACUUUCAGCAACUGCAUUUUGUACAUUGGGAUGCUAUAACCAUGGCUGUAGAGGGGUGAGAAGAUUGAUCCUUGUUUACUCUAUUUAUCAUGUAACUCAGUGGCCCUAGAUUUACCAUGACAGCAAU